UGUGUUUGCUGUGCUGCUUUAAAGUGAAAAAAAAAACAACUGUCAUUCUGAAAGCUGCUAAAACUGCACUGAAGACGUGUCAAAGGAGGAGGAGCAAAUGAGGAACAACAUGUAAGUGUUGUUUGUUCACGUAUCGUUGCUUGGCAACCCAGAGCUCUGUACGAUCCAACUUUUUGAGAAAUGUAUUCAUUUUCCAAGGAAGUGUUUUUUGGUCACUCACUUCUUCAUUCACUAACUUGAGGAGGUCAGAGGGCGGGGUCAACCUCAAUUGUUUCUCCUAAUGGUGGACGUCCUGCCACAUCCACAUCCACCACAACAACUUUAUCUUUUCGUUUUACUUCAUUUUACUGAUAUUCAUUUCAGAGAAGUUUUGUAAAAUGAAAAGCUAGAAAUUGGGUUAAGAAGGUCAAACAAAGUCUCAGUCUUUGGUACCAAUAACUUUACUGAUGUUGAUUAGAAUAUUUUAUCGUCUCUGGUCCUCAGAGAGUUCACACCUCUGACAGAAAUAAUGAUAUUUUUAUUUUCUUAGAGCCCCUUGGUGUGAACAGGAAACUCAUGCAGUGUCAGAAAAAACAAAAAGAUCAAAUGUCCGCACAGUUCAUGUAAGAGUGUCCAGACAUUCUUAGUUUAGAAACAGCUUCUGAACCACAGAUAAAGGGACCUGAGGAAAACAUUUUAUGUUUUUACUGAAACAAUCAGAGAUUGAAGCUUUCUAAGACUUUCUGAGUCUCUUUUCAUCAGCAGAGCAUGAAAGAGUGAAUGACGUGAGUGUAGUUUGUUCUGCUGCUACUUCCUGAAUGUUUGCAGUUCAGAGCUGACUGCUUUCAUCAGGAAACAGUCGGUGAAGUCUGAUCAGUUAGUUUGAUCUCUAAAGAUGUCGACAGAAACUGUAGAUUUGAGAGUGAAAUUUAAUAGAAAUCUUCAUCAAGAUGGAAGAGAACAAAGUGAGGUGGAGAUUUUAGAAGAUGAAGAUCAGAUCUCUGAUCAUGGAUUACAACAAACUGAAAAACAGAAGCUGAAGAAUCUUCAAGCCAAGAGAAGAAACUGUUUCAGAGUUCUCAAGUUGUUUCUGGGAGUUUUCUAUUUUCUGAUUCUGGCUGGACUCAUGACACGCUAUAUUCUGUCUUUGGAAAACAACAAAAUGAACAACGAUUACAAUCAACUGCGGACUGAACUUUCAGUCAUCAACAAAACUCUUUUGGAUGAAAUAAAAGAGUUGAAAAACAAGAUUGAAGGUAAACAGUGUCCUGAAACAUGGAUGAGAUUUGGAAAGAGCUGCUACUUUAAAUCGACUAAGGGGAGAACUUGGGCCGACAGCAGGAGUUUCUGUCAGUUUAAAGGAGCUGAUCUGCUUUUCAUCAACAGCAAAGAGGAACAGGAGUUUGUUUCUAAAUUGACUCCAAAUCAAGAAUCCUGGAUUGGUCUGUAUGUUGGAUGGUCACUACAGAAAUAUGAAUGGGAAUGGGAAUGGGUGGAUGGAUCAUCGCUGACAGAAACGUUCUGGGAUGAGACGUUUUCAGAAUCUCCAUACUACAACAAUGCUGUGUUCUUAAGUACUGAAGGGAAAUGGAAAAGACAGUACUAUUCAACCUACAGAACCUGGAUAUGUGAGAAAUAAAAUUCCAGAUCUUUCUUGACUGAAGUGUGCAUUGAUUUAACUGUUUCAAAGAUUCAAAGAUUCAAAGACUUUUAUUGUAACUGUCAGGAACAGUUAAAUUGUGGGGGGUCCACCAGCAGCAAUGCACAGCACAAUAAAAAAUAUAAAAAAGAAGUUAAAAAUAAGAACAAAAUAAAUAAGUAGAAUAAAGUAAAAAAUAUAACGUAUUUAACAGUAAUAAUAAUAUGAAACUGUACAGAGGUAGGGCAAAAGGGGAAGUAUACAACAUGAUUGCAGCAUAGUAAUAAAUAUUAUUUAAAGUGAGGUGUGCAGUUGUGCAAAAUUGACAAUAUUUCAGAUUGUUCAUUGGAUGUUAUUCAGCAUCCGUAUGGACCAGGGGAAAAAGCUGUUUGUGAGUCUGGAGGUAUGUGACCUGAUUGACCUGUAGCGGCGUCCUGAUGGCAGCAAGUCAAACAGGUGGUGGGCGGGGUGGGUUGGGUCCUUCAGGAUUGUACAUGUUCUUUUUUGGCAGCGGGAUCUUGAUAGGGUUGAAAGGGGGGGCAGGGGGCAGCCGAUGAUUUUCUGUGCUGUGUUGAUGACCCUCUGCACAGCCUUUCUGUCCAGUGAUGUGGAGCCUGGGUACCACACAUUCAGAGAGUAGGUCAGAAUGCUCUCCACAGAGCAGCGGUAGAAGUUCACCAGCAGCCUCUGAUCCAGAUCACACCUCCUCAGGAUGCGGAGGAAGUGCAGCCGCUGCUGAGUCUUCUUCACCACGGCCCGGAUGUUUGCUGACCAGGACAGGUCAGCAGAGAUGGUGAUGCCCAGGAAUCCAAUGGAGUUUACGCAGUCUACCCGUUCUCCAUUUAUCUGUAGAGGGGCGUGGACGCGACUGUGUCUUCUAAAGUCCAGAAUGAUUUCUUUGGUCUUCUGGACAUUUAGAGACAGGUUGUUUUCCGAGCACCACUUUGCCAGGUUGCUGAUCUCUGCCCUG